CGUUGACUGAAGAUAUACCAUUCCUCUUUGGUUCAACCCUUAUAUUCGGGGGGCAAUAUUAUCGCUCUGCACUUGCCGCCCCGUUUUACAGAAUCCCAGUGUAAAAUCACGUCUGUGAAACAGAAUACUGUAAUUUCCUCCGACCUACCGGUCUCCUCACUAUAUCCUUAACCGUGGAGUAACGUCCAUACGGUUCGCAUUCUUUAUUGGUUUGAAUUUCGAACGAGUCGAAGAUAAGAUACGAUUUGUUGUUGUACAUUUACAAAGAAAUUAAAAUAAAUUGUGUGAAAACGUUCGCAAAUAAAUUUAUACACAAUGAGGGAAACACCGUUAUCAAAUUGUGAACGAAAUUUUAUAAAUAGAGCAAUAGCCGAAGACACGCGUUUAGAUGGACGACAAUUACUGGAAGCUCGACCAGUGGAAAUCCAUUUUGGAGCAAACUGGGGCUGUUGUCACGUAGCUUUGGGUGAAACUAAAGCAAUUGCCCAAGUAUCCUGUGAUAUUCAGCAGCCAAAGGCAUCUCGUCCAAAUGAAGGCAUGCUUCAUAUCAACGUUGAGUUCAAUCCUAUAGCUGCCCCACACUUUGAAGCAGGCAGACAAUCUGAACUUGCAAUGCAAGUCAACAGGCAGUUGGAAAAAUGCUUUAAAGAUUCUAGAUGCGUCGACUUGGAGUCUCUCUGCAUUGUAGCAGAUGAGAAGGUAUGGAACCUGCGGGUAGAUGUCAACAUUCUCAAUCACGACGGCAACCUUGUCGAUUGCGCUUCAAUCGCUAUACUAGCUGCACUGACACAUUUUCACAGACCGGAUGUCACUACCACUGGUGAUUCGAUAACUAUCCAUUCGUUUGCCGAGAAAGAUCCGCUCCCGCUAACGUUACAUCACUAUCCAGUAUGCGUUUCGUUUAUUGUCUUUGAAAGUGGCCAAAUCGUUAUGGAUCCUACUUACAUGGAAGAGAGAGUAGGUGCAUCGCAAUUAACCCUAGGAUUAAACUCUUACAGAGAGCUCUGCAGCUUGCAGCUCUGCUAUUUGGGCAAGACAUCGGUGACGGCUGAUAUGGUGCCGAGCAUUUCGCCCCAUGCAGCUAAUUAUGCUAACAAAUUAGUUACGCAGAUUAGAAAAGCAGCACAGCAAGAUGUUGAAGCAAAGUACAACAAAGAAGAUCGCGAUGUAUGUCGAUUGAAGGAAUGCAUUACAUUCGGAAAAUUGACGGCAAUGACAAAACCUAAACUCAGUAUUAAACUCGCGCACUGGGUUGCUGGGAAAAGCAGCCCCAAAAGUGAUAUGGAGACCAGUGAUUUCCAAGAUGAGGAUGACAAUAUUAAAACACUUGGGCAUGGAUCUGCUGAGCUCAUUACUAAUAUGAGUAAAUCAGUCGGAGAGGGAGGCCCCAAUACUUGGCAGGCAUCUGACGAAUCCUCUGAUGAUGAAAUCGAAGAUAUUGAAAUCUUACAGGAAACGAAACUAGAAAAAAAAGUGUUGGACGAUAUAGAUUUAGGUGGCGACAGCGAAGAGGAAGAUACUGUAACUGUCAGCAAAAAUGAUAUCAUGUAGUUUAAUAGAAAAAUGAUCCCAAACAUUUCUUGCAUUCAUUUCCACAUGACAAUUUCUCUCAUUCCCCGUUUCAAAACAUGCAUUUAUAAAUUUAUCAGAGUGCAAAGCUUGUGAUGAUACGUCAAUUAAAAUUAUGAAGAAUCUGUGAUGUGAACUGUUUGCUCUGUACACAAUUUUUAUUCGAUAUUUUAUUUCACAAUCAGCGAACUUAGAUUGUGUAAAGACAUACCGAAAAUGAAGAACUUUUUGCGAAAGGGAGUGAAAAAGCAACACGAUUUUUUUAUAUAAAAAUGUAUCUGGGUCGAAUAAGGUACACCAUAAAUCUUAUCUGCAAAUAUUUUUAGGUACUAUGUAGGGGAGCGGCGGGCAAAAUGGGUCCCCUAAGGGAAAAUAACAUUAGAACAGUUUCGAUAGUGCUAUUUUUUUCGUCUUUAGCCUAAGCCUACAUUUCAAGCGUUAUCGAAAACUUUUUAAAUCUCAUUUGAAUGUAGAGAGAGCCCAUUUGCCUGCCUCUCCUCUAUAAAGUUCAUCCGUAUUCCCAUCUAAAUUCAAUAUCACCAAACAUUUUCCCUUAAUUCGUCGAUACUAUUGCACUUCGCGUUAGUUGAUUUAUUCCCUGAGAGAAUUUACACUGAAUUGUUCAAGUAAAUCGAAUUGAUGUUUG